AUUUGGAUAGAGAUAACUUCAAGUUGAUGCUUCCUAAUUUACUACGAAUCGACAUAAUUUUUCCCAAUUUAAUUUAAUCCCAGGUUACAUGUAUGAUUAUUACCAUAAAGCAGCUCAAACCAACAUUAAAAUGACAAAUCACAAAUUUUCACAUAGAAAGGAAAAAGGGAGGAUCAAGGAAAAUUAUUUAAAGGCCUUUGGGGAAAAGGUGGCCAAAGGCGGGCACGAACUGAAAAAUUCGGACUCAACACCGACAAUCCGACCCACAAUUAUUCCUCUGUUACUGUUUCUUUUUACCAAAACGAUAUCGUCAUCAUCAUUCCUUACGGAUCCGAUCUCAAAACACUUUUUCCUUAAACCCCGACUCCUACUAUCUCAGUCCUACACUAUUUUUCUUCUUUCUCUGAUCUUUGGUAUUAUCAGCAACAAUGUCAUCAUUCUUGCACCAACGAACCAUCCACAAUCCAUUCUCAAACGCCUACCCAAUCUCCCCACUUUCUUCAUCAACCUCUCAAAGACCCAUUUCGAUCUUCAGUCCAACAGGCCUAAUUAUUCUCCUCUCUCUCAUGGUAAUCCUCGGAGUAUUCGUACCCUGGUCAGGCAUGCCCCAAUCCAUGUUCUCUAACUCAAAAAAGGCGUCUUCUCUCUCCAGAUGGCGAGACUACUCUUUGGCCGAAGCCGCAUCGUUCGUCGCAAAAAAUGGUACCGUAAUUGUCUGCGCCGUCAGCCAACCUUACUGGCCUGUUCUCAAUAAUUGGUUGAUUAGUAUAACCAGACAAAAGCACCAAGAGAAAGUCCUUGUGAUUGCUGAGGAUUAUGCUACUCUUUAUAAGAUUAAUGAAAAAUGGCCUGGCCAUGCCGUGCUAGUUCCACCCGCUCCUGAUUCACAAACUGCCCAUAAAUUUGGCUCUCAGGGAUUCUUCAAUUUUACUUCCAGGAGGCCUCGGCAUUUGUUGCAAAUUUUGGAGCUUGGGUAUAAUGUUAUGUAUAAUGAUGUUGAUAUGGUGUGGUUGGGAGAUCCAUUUCGUUAUUUGGAAGGAAAUCAUGAUGUUUACUUCACUGAUGACAUGGCUGCGGUGAAGCCUUCUAAUCAUUCCCACGAUUUGCCACCUCCAGGGAAAAAGGGUCGUACUUAUAUAUGUAGUUGCAUGGUUUUUCUGCGUCCCACAGAUGGAGCAAAACUAGUUAUGAGGAAAUGGAUUGAGGAGCUUCAAGUUCAACCAUGGUCCAAAGCAAAGAAAGCAAAUGAUCAGCCUGCUUUUAACUGGGCACUGAACAAAACUGCUGGAUUGGUGGAUCUCUACCUGCUUCCCCAGACAGCAUUCCCGACAGGAGGAUUAUACUUCAAGAACCAAACAUGGGUGCAGCAAACCAAGGGAAUGCACGUCAUAAUUCAUAAUAAUUAUAUCACAGGUUUUGAGAAGAAGAUCAAGCGCUUCCGUGACUAUGGCCUUUGGUUGGUUGAUGAUCAUUCCCUUGAGUCCCCACUAGGCAGAUUAUGAAAAAGUUGGAAAACCUUAUGAUUGCUUUCUGCAGAACCAAUUACAACCUCAGUGACCGUUGUAAGAGGUGGAGCAUACCAGUUGUAUCGUCUUCCUUCCAUAUCAUCUGCUUGUAUGCUCUCAGAUGAACAUGGAUCAUUAGCAGCUGACAGUGCAGAUGAACGUGGAUCAUUAGCAGCUAACAAUUCUCAUUUAUUCAGUAACUUGUUAUAUCAAAAUGGGGUUCAAACAGAAAAAGUUCAAAUAUUCUGUUGGAAAUUACUAUUCUAACAUUCUUUCCAGACCUGAUGAACUAACAACUCUUUAACUUUACAAACAAUUCUUUCAUAGCUUUGCCAAAGUCACCGAGUGCCCAGAGCCCAUCAAAGGGAAUGGUGCAAUGUUUUCUUGGUUAAAAACUGGCCAGGGUUUGGAAUCUAUGAUACAUGGACGGGGCAUCAAAAAUGGUGACAGGAUAUCGUGAGCUGUCCUGUCUUCGAUUGCCUGAAUAAAAAAAUUGCCAUUGAUGUGAUUUUUUCUGUUUCUUCUGACCAACACGGAUCGGAUCGCUAAAUAUAGUAUGAAUGCUCUCUUUCGAAGAGCUCAGAAAAGAAAAUUGCAAAAUUUCUCUCCAAGAUGAAAAUCGUUCUUGCGUGACUUGUAUAUGUGCUAAAGAAACUUAUUUUUGCGUUUGCCGGGAGUCGAACCCGGGUCUAUUGCUUGGAAGGCAAUUAUCCUAACCGUUGGACUACA